CGCCGAGUCGUGCUCGAUCACCUCCAUUGCCAGCUUCUUCUCCUUCCUCUUCUUCUUCACCUCGCAAGCGAGAAAGUUCGAUUCCAACGAUCCGAUGGGGAACUCGUACAGCAACGGCGGCUCGCCGGCGGCGGCCGCGGGGUAUGUGCAGGCGCCGGAGCUGCCGCUUCACCUGUGCUUCUUCCUGGUGGUGCUGCUCGUCUUCCUCGGAUUCUCGUGGUACACGAGCUACGGGUCGGCGGCGGAGCGGUUCGCCGACCAGGCGCGGCUGCUGCUGAUGGCGUCGCCGCUCGCGCUGCUGCUCGCCGUGCGGCUGCUGUCGGGCGGCGGCGACGGAGAGCGGCGCGGGGUGGACCAGCUGCGGCAGCUGUCGCUGCCGAUGCCCGAGCGGGACUCCAUCCACCGCGCCGGCGGCUCGCCGUGGGGCGUCGGGGUGCUCCUCGCGCUGCUCGUCGUCAUGGUGUCCUACCAGUCCAACUUCCGCGACAGGUGGUUCCCCCUCGUCAGCCGGUGACCGGCCGACCAACGCCGCCAUGGAUGCCAUGAGAGAUUGAGGCAAAGUUGCAAACAUACUUCUGAUAAUUGCAGUAGUAUGACAUUGCCAGCGACACGAUGAUGCGAUCGAGUGGUGUUCUUGAUGGUUUUUUUUUUGUUUUGUUUCUGCUCCUUUUGUCCAUGUAAAAGUGUAAUUUAUCGCCUUGAAAAAUACAUGUCUGCCACUCUGUCGAUUGCCAAAUUCAAUGGGAACAAACGAAUCAAUUAUUUGGGCUA